CUUAAAAAGAAGGAAUUCCAAAUGGAGUACUGUCUCAUGGAUACACAGUACACUUUUCGAUUUUUGAUCGAUAAGCUUUAUUUAAAGAAAUAUUUUAAUGAGCGAAUAAAAACUGAAGUUACAACAUUAGUGAAAGAAAUACAGAAAAGUGUACGCCAACAAAUAGAACAAGCAGAAUGGUUAGAUGAAAAAACACGCACUGAAGCUUUAUUAAAAGAAUCCACAAUACAAUCACGAAUUGGAAAUUUCGAUGAUCCGAUUAUGUCUGAACGUCUUAUUCGCCAAAUAAAUAACUUAACUUUUGAGCUAGACAGCUACGAGCAAAACAACUUAAACUUAAAGAAAUUUAGAUCAUUUAUGAACCGAUAUCUUGGUCUACAUAAUGAAGACAUUCAUAAUGAAACAAAGCCUCUUGAAGCUUUAAUAGGAAUGCAAGUCAAUGCUUUUUACUAUCAUAUCGACAAGUCUAUAUAUAUAAUGGCUGGUAUUUUACAUCCGCCAGUUUAUCAUAAAUCCUGGCCGAAUUCUUUGAAAUUCGGUACAUUAGGUUAUCUUGUGGGUCAUGAGUUUACACACGGUUUUGACACAGUUGGCGCACUGUUCGAUAGCAAUGGUGACCAACGAUAUUGGUGGACGGAGGAAACUGAAGAAGUAUUCAAUAAUCGAACAGAUUGUUAUGAACAACAUUUUAAUGACUACUUGAUACCAGAAAUAAAUCGCACAAUUAACGGAUAUCUAACCAAAGAUGAAAAUAUAGCAGAUAAUGGUGGACUUCGUGCCGCACUUAAUUCGUACCGCAAAUAUAUGAAAGAAUUGAAUAAGGAAGGUGAUCUGAUGACAACAUUUAAAGAUGAAGACAUGCCUGGUCUAAAUUUAUCACCAGAACAAGUGUUCUUUGUAGGAUUUGCACAAUUGUAUUGUGCGUCGUAUAAAGAAGAACACUAUUGGAAAGAACUUAUCGAUGAUCACCCUAUGGACAAAUAUAGAGUUUUGGGUACACUAAGUAAUAUGGAAGAUUUCUCUAAGGUUUAUGAGUGUCCUCUGGGUAGUAACAUGAAUAAGAAAGAAGAAAAAUGUAGAAUUUGGUAAAAUGUUUUUAAUAGAUUUGGU